AUCAAACCUCUGCGCCGCCGGCGUGGCCCUUGCAUGGCGCCUGUCGAGCCAAAGCCAUGUGAGGAGACCUGGGGUGGUUCCUUGGAGAAAGGGCGGCGAGCCCUUCUAGGAGCACACUUGCUGCCAAGCAGGUACAGCAAGAUCUCGACUAUGGGGCCUGGGCAAGCCUUGAUGUGGGGCAUUUCUGCCAAGCCGAUCAACACCAUUCAGUAUGGUCCUGACUGUCCAGAAGAUUCUCGCCACAGAGUACUGGUCACCAAGACUACUCCUCCAGUCCUUCUGCUGGAACUGAAUGCGCAGGCCACCUUCAACAUGAUGGACCCGGAUACUUCUCAGGACAUCUUGUUUGGCAUGGAUGCUGUGAUACAGCUCCUGAAAAGUCCCAAGACGAUGGCAAAUGGCAGGCCAUUAGCGUAUGUCAUUCAGGGCUCCGGGCCUCACUUCUGCCCAGGUGGUAAUCCAAAUCCAAAGUUGUACCCCGGACACAUCGCUCUCACCGUGAACCAGUAUGCUGGCUACCUGCCGUUUAUUCGCUGCAGAGAGAUGGCCAUCCCCGGUGUCUGUGCCUUGCACGGCUCAUUGGUCGGUGGAGGAGUUGCCUACUCCCUGAACAAUCCCGUGCGAUUCGCCGAUAGCAAGGCAUCUGCGUGCUUCGGCAAUCUGAGUCGGGGAGCUGUACCGGGCAUGGUGCUGUCCACCAACAUCCCUCAGGCAUUAGGCCUGCACGGGGCAUUGGACAUCUACCUGACGGAUAGCACCUACUCCACCUCCGCCUGUGUGAAAGCUGGCUACCUCCAUGGAGUGCAGGCUUCCAUUGCUGCUGUGAAGCAGGAAGCCUUGAAACAGGCCAGACGCCUUGGACAAUCUCCACUCGGCAUGCGAAUCGUAGGCAUCAAGCCUGAGUUAGACGUGGAGCGAUUCGGCAUCGAGGGGUGGUGCAUCGAGUUGGGAGCACGAACAGAAGGUGUCUUUAGGAAUGUUGGUGGUAAGUCUCGUGCAGAAAAAGAAGCAGAAGCGAAAGAUGAGGCCGCGAAGCAAACUGCUGUGGAUGCGAAACCGAAACAGGAGGACUGGAACGAGUGGCGAAGGAGGCAGAUUCAACCAAAGAAACGGCCAAAGAGACGUGCCAAGCGUCCGCCGUCCGCAGGUUGAACAGUGAUGCUGAAGGCCUGAGCCUUGCCGUGAUCGAUAUGGCCAAGCGGUUGAGGCCACAGCUCAAAGCAGGGCAGAGUUUGAUGAACGGAUCCCUUUGAUUCACGC